AUGGACGGCCAGGCUCCACCUCUUCUCGACGCCGUCGUGCCCGAGCCCCUUGCAUCCGGCGACGAGCUCCAUCCGCCGCGUCCUGUCGAGGUGGAGGACCCCCUGACCUCCGGUAUGGACGGCCAGGCUCCACCUCUCGACGGCGUCGCGCGGGAUCCCCUUACCGUGUUCGACGAGCUGCAGCCCACGGGCGAGGUGGUGGAGGAGGACGCCCUACCUGUCGCGCCCGACAUCGUCAAGGGCGAGGUGGUGGAGGAGGACGCUCUACCAGUCGCGCCCGACAUCGUCAAGGGCGAGGUGGUGGUGGAGGACGUCCUACCCGUCGCGACCGACAUCGUCAACGACGCCUCUUCUGAGGGUCCUGAGGCUGGCAGUGGUGGCGUCGUGCUCACCGACGAUCUCCGUGACCGCAUCGUCAAGCAGGUCGAGUACUAUUUCAGCGAUGAGAAUCUUCCUACGGACGAGUUCCUAUUGAAAUAUGUGAAGAAGAACAAGAAGGGCUUUGUUCCUAUUGAGACUAUCGCAUCAUUUAGAAGAAUGAAGAAACUCGUUCAAGACCUGUCAGUAAUUGAAGCUGCACUCAGGACAUCACCAAAGCUGGUUGUAAGUUCAGAUGGGAAACGGGUCAGGAGGUUACAUCCGUUGCCACACAAUGAAUUGAAAGAUUCAAAGAAAAGCACUGUUUUGGUCGAAAAUCUACCUCUAGAUUUCUCCAUGGAGAGUAUUCAGGAAAAAUUCGGUACAGUGGGCAAAGUUGUGAACGUAACAAUUAAUGAUCCAGAAUUAGUGAAAGAAUCUUCAACUGCCAAGAAGCCCGACUUCAAUUUAAGUAGUAAGGUACAUGUACUUGUUGAGUAUGAAGCAGUGGAGGCCGCUGAGAAGGCUGUUACUGUCCUAAGUGAUGAGAGCAACUGGAGAACUGGGAUGAAAGUCAGGCUUCUGUCUAAACAAAGCGUAAUGGGAUCAGGAAAGUAUAACAAACCUUCAAAAGAAAAUCAGGAUGCAGUUUCCAAAAAGAUUGAUCAGAAUCAACAUUCAAAAGAAGACCAGCGUAUAACCUCAGAAAAGAUCUCCAAUGCUGAUGAAGUGGGGAGUGCCAAGGACAAAGAGAAUUUGAAAUCUGUUUUUACCACUGAGACUGAGCACCAUGACCAGAAGCCAAAUUCUAGAGGACGAAAAGGACGGUACAAAGGUCAAGGUCAGAUGCAGCAAAAUACAAACAAACAAGGAAGUUCUGGUUCUGAGUCAUUAAACAAGCCUAUUCCUGGACCGAGAAUGCCAGAUGGAACAAGGGGCUUUACACUUGGACGUGGUAGAUCUCUUCCACUACAGAAAUCUGAGAAGGCUGAAGAGUAG